GGGCGAGGGGAGCCGGGCCGCCCAUGGCGAGGCCGCGCCGCCGCCGCCGCUGCUGACCCGGGGCCGCGCUGGGGCCGGGGCGCCCGCCAUGGGGAACACCGCCUCGUGCUGCGUGUCGUCCAGCCCCAAGCUCCGCAGGAAUGCCCACUCGCGGCUGGAGUCCUGCCGGCCCGACGCCGACCUGAGCCGCGAGGACACGGGCUGCAACCUGCAGCACAUCAGCGACCGGGAGAACAUCGACGAUUUCAACAUGGAAUUCAAUCCUUCAGACCAUCCUCGGGCCAGCACAAUAUUCCUCAGUAAAUCUCAGACAGACGUGAGAGAAAAACGCAAGAGUCUCUUCAUUAACCAUCAUCCUCCAGGACAAAUAGCAAGGAAAUACAGCUCCUGCUCGACUAUUUUCCUAGAUGAUAGCACAGUCAGUCAACCAAACCUCAAGUAUACAAUUAAAUGUGUAGCUCUGGCAAUAUAUUACCACAUCAAAAACAGGGACCCAGAUGGAAGGAUGCUCUUGGAUAUUUUCGAUGAGAACCUUCACCCUCUUUCGAAAUCCGAAGUGCCACCAGAUUAUGACAAACACAACCCAGAGCAGAAGCAGAUUUACCGGUUUGUUCGGACACUGUUCAGUGCUGCUCAGCUGACUGCGGAAUGUGCCAUCGUCACCCUGGUGUACCUCGAAAGGCUUCUAACGUACGCAGAGAUUGACAUCUGUCCGGCCAACUGGAAGCGGAUUGUUCUGGGGGCCAUCCUGCUGGCCUCCAAGGUAUGGGACGACCAGGCCGUGUGGAACGUGGACUACUGCCAGAUCCUGAAGGACAUCACGGUGGAGGACAUGAACGAGCUGGAGCGACAGUUCCUCGAAUUGCUCCAGUUCAACAUCAACGUGCCCUCCAGUGUUUAUGCCAAGUAUUAUUUUGAUCUUCGUUCUCUGGCGGAAGCCAACAACCUGAGCUUCCCCUUGGAGCCCCUUAGCAGGGAGAGGGCCCACAAGCUGGAGGCCAUCUCCCGCCUCUGCGAGGACAAGUACAAGGACCUGCGAAGACCCACGAGGAAGCGGUCAGCGAGUGCUGACAAUCUGACUCUGACCAGGUGGUCCCCGGCCAUCAUCUCCUAACCGUGGGCGUCCCCGCUGGAGGCCGUGCCAUCCCUCAGUUUCUCGUUUAGUUCGAGAAAAGACAGUCUUGGGGUGGUUUUGUUUUGUUUCUCCUUUCCUUUUUUUAAAAUUCAUAGCUCCGCCAGGCUGCCUUGAUGAGCGCCUCCGCGCCGCGCGCACAGGCAGCAGGGCUCCGAGGACGCCAAGUCGGUACCGUGGGAUCCAGUCCGCGCCUUCCCAGCCCCGGAACAGCGCUUCCUUCGUGGAGGAAAGACUCUAACCCUGGAGGAGGAAGGGAAGGGAAAGGAAGUCGGCUAGAGGCAGGGAAAGCGGCUUGGCCAUUUCCUAAGCCCCCCACCGUCGGUCAGUAGCCGGAACCGACAGGAAAGCCCGGCGUAGGUGACGAAGUUGGAUGUGCAUUAAAGUCGCGCGCCGCGUUCACCGCCCCACCCGGAUCAGUAUGUCCCGUAAGACUUCUUGCAUUCCUUCUUGCUGCUUCUCGGGGAUUUGGGGGGGAUUUUUGUUUGUUUUAUUCUGUUUUGGUUUUGGUCCCACAGAGCAGAGAAUAUAGUUUGUACCCACCAUCGCACAGACAUCCAAAUAAAUAGUACUGGCUGUUUCUCUCUGCACAACUCCUGCGAGCUGUCUUCUGAGCUUUCUUCCUCUCCAGGGGGAGCGCUUGUUACGUUUCUGUGCACCUUUAUUUUAGACGGUUUUUCCACAGUGGCGGAAUCAACUUGACUGUAGUGCUGAACCAAACGUAGCCCUUCCCCCCGACUCCUCCCCCAGGAACAUUCUAGAUCACAUGGGUGCUUGUGCCUUCCGGUCCUGCGGUGGUUUCUCUCUGCCCUGACGUCCUGGUGGAGGCUGCUUCCCCCGCGGCCCGCGUGGGAGCCCUUCCUCCCCUGCCCACCCCCCUCCCCUACUUCCACGUCCAUUGUGCAAGCAAUAUUCCUCUCAAUUUUUAUAUGUUUACUUUAAAUCAAAGUUAGUCUAUUUGUAUAAAAUUUUUUUAAAAUCUAAAAUUUAAAAAAACGGGGGUGGGGGUGGGUAUUCCCGUGGAAGAUCAUUGAAGGGCAAAAUGUUCCUAUUUACUGAGGUAUUUUUCACAGAAUGAUUGAAUAAAAAACUCAACUUGCA